UCCUUGCAGCGGCAGCUGGGCAAGGUAGCAGUUUAUUGGAGAAUUAGUGCGAUUCUAACGAGUUGUGCCUGGGAUUCUUACGAUUUCAGAUUACAAGGUUCGAAGGGCUACCACUCUGCUGUAUUCGGCAGCAAAAAUAACUCUCGGAAGCAAGCAUGAAGCGCAUCUCCAGCCGCGGCGACUUCGUAGACACCGCCGCUGCGAUAACAGAGACGCGUCCGUUUUGUAUUGCUAGCAUAAACAUGAAGAACUUGAUGCCAUCGCGUGUAUGUUCGGACGGUUUUGUUCCCAGUGAGCGAUCGCCGACGAACUCGGAACUGGGCACCCAUGAUCAAACUGGGAUAUGAAAGAAAGGUAGGGAGGCGAGAGAUACGGAGCUCUCGGGAACGCCACGUCCGGGAACGGCGUAAUGGUUGUGGUGCGACCACGUACACGCAAUGGGAAGACUACGUCUAGGCGUCGGAAGGUUCGCCAGGCCCAUUUAUCUGUUCGAAGUGAUCUUCUCAAACGACGCCGACGAAAAAUGUUUGCUUUCAACUUCAAGAAGUUCCUUGAAAGUGGCCAGUACUCGGACGUGGAUUUCGCCGUAAAGCCAGAGAAGUUUCCCGUCUCGAAGACCUUCAAGGCCCACCGGCAGCUCCUGGCACUGAGGAACGAGGUGUUCGCCGCCAUGUUCUACGGUCAGCUCCCCGAGAAGGACGUCGUGGUCGUCACCGACCUCCAUCCUGAUGGCUUUUACGGCCUUCUAAAGUACCUGUACACGGGUAAGCCAAAGAUUAAAAGCACGGAGGAAGCCAUGUACACGAGAACGGCGGCUGACAAGUAUCUCGUGCCGCACCUGGCCCUCGCCUGCUCGGAGUACAUAAGAGGUCACGUGACUGCCGACGACGUGUGUCACGUCAUCGACUACACUUUGCUGACCGGCGGCGAGGACGUCGACGGCGCCGUGGGGCGUCUUCUCGAAGAGCGUCCCGAGGCCGUCUUGGCGUCGGACGCUUUCACCGACUGCUUGGAACAGACGGUGCACUACGUUCUUGACAAAGUGACCAACGUGCCGGAAAUGUACGUGAUCCUUGCGGUACACCGAUGGGCGCAAUCAUUCUGCCAGAAAAUAGCCACAACAGACGACAAGCCCGUCGACCUCAAGACAGCCAUGGCCCCGUUCCUGCCCAAAUUGCGGUUCCUGGCGCUGUCGCCGGAGGAGUUCGUCACCUUCAACGCUUCCGACGACACGCGAGGCGUGCUGGACAAGGACGACGCCUUCGCGAUCAUGAGUCUCUUCUUAUGCAACAAGUCCAUCGAGAUGCCGUCCUGGGCUUGCCCGGAGAGACAGCCGCGCUGUUCGACCCCUAAAAAGGAGUAACUGUAGCUGCUUUGGACUUUGCGCCUGCUGAAGAGUCGAAACGUUGUGGCUGCCUCGUUUCAAUCGGCCCCUAUACUGUAGCCACCUCGUGCAGUCCACAUACGACCACAAGCUUUGGCGCACUGUGCUGCCUGUAGGGGACACCGCAGCGUUUUUUUCUCUUUGUGCUGUAACCUUUGAAACGUUGCAUUACUUGGUUUCUUUCCACUCCCUCCCCCUAUAUCUUGUUAACAGAACAAGAGAAGGGCAGAACAAAAAGGAGGACUUGCCACGAAUGUUCUCUCAGUAUUUUUUACUUGUGUCACGCGACCUUCAUUAGUAAAGUUAAUGGCGUGCGCGAGUCUGCGCAAAAUAUGGCGAGGUUGGUUCUCUCGUAAGUUUGAGGACGUUCUUACGUUAGACUGUCUGUCGUGAUUCGGGGCUUGCGGCUUCUCCCUGUCCCACUCUCCUAGUCCCGGCAUUCUCGCGCUUUCGUGGCCAAAAUGAAUGCUUUCAUUCUAAAAGAUGCACUUUCUAUUCAUCUGUUCUUGCAGCAUACCUUCUACAAAUAGCUUCGAUACCUCUGGGCAUUAUUGAAAUUACUGGACAGUUAUGAUACAAAACCCUCCAUAAGAAGUACGCUGCCAACAAAAAGGUAUUUGAAUGGGGCAGUACUGCAGUGUCCACUCCGCUAGUCGCAUUUGCGUUAGUGCAAACUUCUCUACUAGUUUCUUCUAAUUAGUGUUGGCCAACUGCUUCACACCAUGCUUAUAUCGUUUUUUAUGUGUUGUCACGAGUGUUUUAUAUACACAUAUUUUUUCGAAGGCCACUGCACUUCAAGUUUGCCACAUUUCCGACAGUGCCGGCUUGCACAUAUCAUUUAAUUUUUACGUGCGCUCGUAAGGGUGAAUUCCGCCUUUAACGUGACACGUCAACUGCUGAUGGUUGCAGUCAUAGAUAACUUUCGGUUCGUAGGACCACUGGGCCAUCCGCUGUGCGCAGCUGCUUAUGGUGGUCUUGUUCUUUAUAGCAUUUGAACUGUGAUAGUAUCACAAAUACGUGCACAACAUGUGUACAUUACUCAUUUUGUUGUAUUCAGUGUAUCGGUGUAUAUUUUUUUUUCUGUUCUAAUAUGUCAUAACUCUGUAAGACAACUAAUUUAAUGAGUUUCAAGUGUACUUUCAAGUGUAGAAUGAGUUUCAAGAUGUACUCCUCGUCGUUCUGUUACCUGAAUUUCUCAAUAAAGAGUUACGUUCUCGUU